UUUACCUUGGCGCCAAUUAACCAGCAUCAAUGCAUUCACACAAUGUGGCGAACUUUUGGAAUAUUCGCUGGCAUUUGUGCAAUAUCCGAGAUAGUUUACCAAUUUUAUACGUAUCGUUUUAUGAGAAGUAUAAGAGAAGAGGGUAAAAGUACUGAGGUGCUGUUCUUUCCAGAUAAAAAGGUUGCAUGCAUUAAACAUUUCACCUCGGAAUGUGAAAGUGAAAGUUGCUCUUACAGUCAUGAAGAAAAUUCACUCAGUAAGCUUUUCAAGUAUCUACACGAAGCAGUGUAUAGUUUGGAUGUCUGUGUAUUUGUUAUAACAUGCACUGACUUGGCCGAUCUGUUGAUCCAGGCAGCUGGGAGGGGAGUUUGUGUGAGGGUUAUCACGGAUUGCGAACAGGUAGACAUCCCAGGCUCACAAAUCUGGAAACUCCGCAGUCAAGGCAUAGCUGUCAGGACUGAUGAUUCUUCCUUUUUUAUGCAUCAUAAGUUUGUGAUCAUAGACAACAAAAAACUUCUAAAUGGUUCUUUUAAUUGGACAAGACAAGCAAUAACAGGUAACCAGGAAAAUCUGUUAGUGACAUCCGAACCUAAAGUGCUUCACCAAUACAAGGAACGCUUCUCUUUUCUUUGGCGUCAGUACAACCCUAAAAAAGAAAAGUGACAGUGGAACAUUAAUGCAUAAAAAGGAAUCAUCAAUAAAUUGAUUUAAGAUUCUAAAAUUUCUGUAUCAUGUAUAUAAACAUUAUUGAUCUAUGGA